AGUCUUGGGCAGGGUUUGUUGAUCUAUUUUUAAAACUACCCUAGAUGAGUCGAAUGUACUAUCUACCUAGAAACUAGUACCCUGCAGUAUGACUCUACCGCAAACACUCUAAACUGGGAAAGGUGAACUGAGGUCCAUGGAAAGAGUAAGUGACUCAUACACUUUCAUCCAAAAUAUAUACUGUAAACUACAGGUUGUCAUAGAGAAAUUAAUUCAUUUCAUACAAAAUGUAGUCUACUUAAAAAUUAAGUUUGUAAUCUUUUUUUAAUGACAUCUUUAAAAAUAUUUUUCAGAGACAAGGAAGUAAAACAGCAAAUCAAAAAUUUUAGUCAACUCUUGCUUCCCUACAGUAGGAUGGUACAUGAUGCUACAGGACAGAGAGGAAUGGAUAAAAACCUUGGUGAGCAACUCAAUAAAGCAUAUGAGGCCUUCCGACAGGCAUGCAUGGAUAGAGAUUCUGCAGUAAAAGAACUACAGCAAAAGACUGAGAACUAUGAGCAGAGAAUCCGUGAGCAACAGGAACAGCUGUCACUUCAACAAACUAUUAUUGACAAGCUAAAAUCACAGUUACUUCUUGUGAAUUCUGGUCGAGAUAACAGUUACAGUUAUGUUCCCCUGCUUGAAGACAGUGAAACAAGGAAGAAUAAUUUGACCAUUGAUCAGCCACAUGAUAAAGUGAAGCCAGGAAUACCAAGAGACAAACAGUCAAAGGUAAGAAGACAAGAGGUUUCUUCUAGAAAAGAAACUUCACCAGGGAGUCUUGGCAUUCCUUUAUUCCAUGAAAGGGAUAAUACAGAGAAGACUUUUGGGGAUCUGAAAGAAGAAUUUCAUAGAAUAUGCAUGCUAGCAAAAGCACAAAAAGACCACUUAAGCAAACUUAAUAUACCAGACACUGCAACUGAAACACAGUGCUCUGUGCCUAUACAGUGUACAGAUAAAACAGAUAAACAAGAAGCACUGUUUAAGCCUCAGACUGAAGAUGAUAUAAAUAGAGGUGCACCGUGCAUCACAUCUGUCACACCAAGAGGACCAGGCCAAGAUGAAGAAGACACUUCUUUUGAAUCACUUUCUAAAUUCAAUGUCAAGUUUCCACCUAUGGACAAUGACUCUACUUUCUUACAUAGCACUCCAGAGAGACCCAAAAUCCUUGGUUCUGCCAUUUCUGAGGCGGUGUGCCAGGACAAAUUUAAUGUGGAGCUCAGAGACAGCCCAGGAAACUUUGUUAAAACAGAAGAAACUUUAUUUAAAAUUCAGGGAAUUGACUCCAUAGCUUCAGCUAUACAAAACCUUAAAACAACUGACAAAACAAAACCCUCAAAUCUUGUAAACACUUGUAUUAGAACAACUCUGAAUAGAGAAUCGUGUUUGCCACCUGGAGACCGUAAUGCAUUAUAUGUAAAUACAUUCCCACUUCAGGACCUGUCUGAAGUACCUUUUCCCUCACUGGAUUCCCCAGGAAAAGCAAUCCGUGGACCACAGCAGCCCCUUUGGAAGCCCUUUCCUAAUCAAGACAGUGACUUAGUGGUACUAAGUGGCACAGACUCAGAACUCCAUAUACCUCGAGUAUGUGAAUUCUGUCAAGCAGUUUUCCCACCAUCAAUUACAUCCAGGGGGGAUUUCCUCCGGCAUCUUAAUUCACACUUUAAUGGGGAGACUUAAAUCAUAUUUGAAAAUGGAUAUGUCAAGUUCUAUGUGAUGAUUUGGAGUUUGUAAUACUAUAAAAAUACUUGAUUGUAAGCUAAAUUUAAAAUCAUUUAUGGAAAAAUUUAGUAUCGCAGCUAUUUGAAUUUUUUCUAAACUUAUUUUGUAACUUUAUUAUCUUUUAAA